UCCUGUGUUCGCUUGGGUGUGUGGGCAGUUACCCCCCAGUGGUGAUUUAAAGUGUUGGACGAGGCCCUGGGAGCCCAGGGUUCAAAUCCCCACUUAGCAAUGAAACUCCCUUGGGAUCACAUCCACAAUUUUAAAGCGCAUGACUCCCCCAUCCGACCCGGAAGAAUUACUAGCUCAUUGUUGAUUGAUCUAAUGUGCACUUCUUACUUAAAAUCAAUCCCUAAGGCAAAUAAAAAUUGUUCAGUGUCCUGCUGCAAGAAACAUAAAGAACAAUGUGCACCCAAAGCAGAGCCGCCAUGUCCGCAGCCUACAAGUCAAGAAACUUCCCAGAGGACGGCAUCCAUGAACAGUGAAGGACGUUCUUGGUCAGUGGAUGACAUUUUGACAGAAGAUGAUGAGGACGAUAAGGUGCCCCUGCAGAAACUUCGGCUCUUGGGGGAAUCUGAAGAACUCAAAGGCCUCCUCCUCAACCCCCACCUCGGCCAGCUGCUUCUCACUGUUGACCAGGCCAAAGACAAGAGUGCCGUCCUGAAGACAUACAUGCAGGAGCCCCUCUUUGUGGAGUUUGCAGACUGUUGCCUGAGGAUUGUCGAGCCUCCCGAGAAGGAGAACGCACGCCCAGAGUGAUUUUUGUGUGUGCGGAGCAGGUCCGUUUUAUAACCCUGACAGCUUUCCGUAGCCUCUGGAAAUGUUUCCUGGCCAACCAUGAGCGAACAGCUGAGAAAGAAAGACGUUGCAUUAAGGGAGUAUAAGGAACAGCAGGAAAGGACCUGAUACCAAGUGCCCAUGCAGCCUAAUAUUGUCUGCUCUGACUGUCCAGGGUCUCAGGUAGAGAGAAGGCUCCAUCCCAUCCCUUGCUACCUGAUCCUUCCAAAUGGAGACUGAACCUGCAGCCUUCUGCAUGCAAAGCAAGUGCUCUCCCACUGAGCUAAGUCCCCUCUCUAAAAUGUACAUAGAAAGCCUUCUACCCAGUCAGACUGUUUGUCCACCUAUCUAACCUAGGGGUGGAGAACUGUAGGCCUGGGGUAUGAAUACAGCCCUCCAGGUCUCUCUUCUCUCCUCAGGUCACACAUUCUCUCCCUAGACCACACCCCUCACCAGGCUGCUUGCCUGGCUCCUCCUUAAGGCUUUUUGCCUGGCUGGGAUGUGUCCUUGAAAACUGACCAUACCACUUUUGCUCGUCUGGCCGGAGGAUAGAGAGAGGAGUGUGUGUUAGAAGUGUAUGCAUUUACAAAGCCCAGAACAAGGUAGGUCCAGGGCACCUUAGAGACCUCCUGAACCUUUCUAUCCCAGCUCGAUCACUGAGAUAAUCUGCAGAAGCUUAGUUGGUCAUUUCCCUCAUUUGACAACAUCACGAAGCCCAAGUUUUUAGUGUCAUUGGCCCAGCCCUGUGGAACACUCUGCCAACAGAGAUCCAGCCAAGCACCUUCUGGGCCAGCUUUUAAACGCCUUCUGAAAACUUUUGCCAGGCUUGUGCAGGCAAUUAAGAAGACCUCUUUGCACAACAGUUAGCUGAUCUUUGAUUUUGUGUAUAAUUGUUGUAAACCAUUCUUUUGUGCUUUUUAUGAACAUCUGUAUAUGAAUAUUUUAAAAAAAUAUGAAAUAGCACAGUG